GGCAGGGGCAACUCCGUCCCCGUUGGGAUGAGCUGCAGGAAGGGACUGCCGUCCCAGGUCUCCGCGGGUCAGUCACGCUCCAUCGCCCCGGUCACGACCAACUUCCAGGUUCAGUUGGCAGGUAGCAUUCAGUCAACCUCGUCACACUGUUGGGCUCUCCGGAAGGCUUCCUAUUAGAGAGGCCGAGUCGUCUCACGCUCCUCAACCAGAAGAAGCACAACCAUAACCACAAUCACACCACGACUAACUGCGUUGCAAACCACAAACAAACCAAGCCCCGUCCCACAUAACCAACACCAUGGGCAACAUUACCAUCCUCGGCGCCGGAAUCAUCGGUCUCUCGACCGCAGCUAUCCUCACGGACGCCAACCCCUCCAAGCACGAAAUCACCGUCGUAGCCCGCGACCUCCCCGGCGAUGCGCCCUCCCAACGCUGGGCCAGCCCCUGGGCCUGCGCCGGCUGGGUCCCCCUCGGCGGCUCCCCGCGCGAGGAACAGAUGCAGCUGGCCGCGCUGGCCUACCUGCGGCAGCUGGCGGCCGAGCACCCGGAGUCAUCGGGCGUGCGGCGGGUCGCGCUGACUGAUGUGUUUGGCGGCGGCAGCGGGGUUAAGGCUAGUGACGGGGUUUGGUAUAAUGGGCGGGUGCCCGAGUUUGAGGUGCUUGUUGAGGGCGGUGGCGGGGAGGGUGGGGAGGAGGCGAGGGUGAGGUUGGGGGGGGUGGUGGUGACGCCGGAGGUGUUUUUGGGGUGGAUGGUGGAGAGGUUAAGGGAGAGGGGGGUGCGGUUUGUGAGGGUGGGGGAGUUUGAGGGGUUGGGGAGGUUGGCGGCGACGGGUCAUGACGUGUUGGUGAAUGCGUCUGGGGUGGGGAGUAGGGAGUUGGAGGAUGUGAGGGAUGAGCAGGUGGUGACGGAUCGCACGUAUGUGACGGUGGUCAAGUCGGACUUUCAGGAGGCGUUUGUCCACCGCGGUGACGGAGUCUACACGUACAUCUUUGGUCGCGGCGACGGGACUGCGGUGGUGGGAGGUGUGUCGGAGCCGGACACGAAUCCUGUCAGGCCGAUGGAGGAGGUGCAUGAAGAUCUCUUCCGCCGGGCCCACGAGCACCUACCGGAACACUUCCCCUCUCCCAAGUCCGCUGACUACCAGAUCGUGCAGGACUUGGUGGGAAUACGUCCAUUGAGACCUGCGGGCGUCAGAGUGGAAAAGGAGGAACUCAACGGUCAAAAGGUUGUUCACGCCUAUGGUACCACGAUCGGUGGCUACAUUCACAGCUUUGGGCUCGCGCAGGAAGCGGCCAAGUUGGUGGAGGAAUACCUCUAAUCGGUGACCCGUUUCAGCCUUUGCAUGAGUAUCUUGGCCAAGAUGAUGUUCUUGGACCUGUAGCUUAGUGUACUUCAGUCGAGCAAUCACUACCCCGUUGAAUUUUCAAGAAUGUGUUGUUAUGCCGCCCAUGGGCAUUCAAGCUUUGUUAUUCAGGCUGGCAGUCGCAGGUAGGCCAAUUGACUUUCAAAUGCGUUGUGGUUUACAGGACAAGUCCAAUGCUGGACAGAGCGGAAUCCGCAGAGCCUUCACCUCGGGGGAGCGUUAUUUCACUUUGAGAAUCCCGAGAAGGCGGCCUCGCAGAG